AUGUCAUCAAUUAUCAAUCAAUUAGGUCUCAACACUAGAGUCCCAUACCACUUCUUAUUCUACGCAUUGUCAUUUGGAGGUACUGCCUUCUACUCAUACAUUGUCUCACCAGUGUUGUUUAAGGAGUUAUCAAGAGAUGAUUUCAGCAAAGUCCAGGGUAAGGUUUUCCCUCGUUACUUUAAGUAUCAAAUCCUCUCACCACUUUUGAUUGCAGCAAUCACUCCAUUCAAGUACUGCCCAUUCACAAUUGGUACUUUGGCAAUUGCCUCAUUGUCGGGAAUUUUCAAUUUGUGCUACUUGGAACCUAAAUGUCAUGCUAUCAAGGAGGAGAGGAUCAAGUUGACUGCUAUUGGCAAGGAAAAGAAGGACAAUGGUGAGCCAACUGACGAAAUGCAAGCAUUGACUACUAGUUUUGGCAGAUGGCACGGAUUGAGCAUGUUGAUCAACAACUUGUCUAUUUUGUCAUGGGCUGUCUACGGAUUGACUGUAGCCAAAGGGUUGACUUUGAUCAAAUACUAA